CCAUGCCCAUCGCUCCCCCCCGUUUGUGACGCCCACGCACGCAAACACCCACAAACGCGCCCGCCCUGACAGCCUCUACGCCCGCCUGCCCCGACACCUGCCCCGACGGCCGUCUUCCUCCAACACCAGCAGGGCCAGCACACACGGCAGCAAUGAGCGCGCCACUCCCCAAGAGAAUCAUCAAGGAGACGGAGCGUCUGAUGAGCGAGCCCGUCCAAGGCAUCUCGGCAACGCCCCACGACGACAACCUGCGCUACUUCGACGUGACCAUCGAGGGCCCGUCGCAGUCCCCGUACGAGAACGGCAUCUUCAAGCUCGAGCUGUUCCUCCCCGACGACUACCCCAUGACGCCCCCCAAGGUGCGCUUCCUCACCAAGAUCUACCACCCCAACAUCGACAGACUGGGCCGCAUCUGCCUCGAUGUCCUCAAGAGCAACUGGUCGCCCGCCCUCCAGAUCCGCACCAUCCUGCUCUCUAUCCAGGCUCUCCUCGGCGCCCCGAAUCCCGACGAUCCACUCGCCAACGAUGUAGCUCAGGCGUGGAAGGAGAACCAGUCACAGGCCAUUGCCACGGCCAGGGAGUGGACUCAGCAGUAUGCGAAGGCUUGAUUGCGAGCGCGAAAUCACUUUGACGGCGACGAUUUCUCCGGCCGCCAAUCACCGAUAGGCUUCACACGUCUGGCAGGUCCUGCACGUUCGACGGAUGGGGUGGACUAAAUGUCUUGGACUGCACCCAUAUUCUUCGUUAUAGAUUGGCCAUCUUGUUGCUCUGGACCGCCUGGCGUUCGUCGGACGAUCUGGAUAACAUAGCAUGAUAUGUCCCUGACAGGACGGAGGUUGCAGUCUGUCUUUCCUUAUAGUUCUGGCCAGCUUGAUGAAUGAACACGAAUGGCGUCUUCGAACCCACUGAUUGUAGCGAGUGAACCUGCCAUAUGUUUGCUUACUUGGUCUUUGAACGUGUUCAUCAAAAUUCAAUUCUGCCUCCAUGGUGCACGUAUUGGAAACCGAUGUACCAAGCUCACACAUGAGAUAUUGGAGAGCCACAUGUCAGAAGAGACAAUACUCAAUGCACAUCACACUCAAUAAUACAGCUCGGG